AAAUCUUCUCCACUUUUUCUUUUUCCCCUUUUUUAUCAUCUUUUUCAACCAUGGCCAAAUUUACCUUGGAUAAACAAACGUACGAAGUUCCCAAUACGAGAAAGCCUGGUCAAUCAGGUAUCUACCGUAAUGCUAAGCGUCCAGUUGUCGAAACAACUUUUUCACCCAAAGUUACUACCAUCAUUGACUGCUUUAAUUAUGGUACAUGAUAAUAGUCCUAAAGCGCCUCAUUUCUCAAAAUUAUGUCAACAGGUUUAAAGAUUUCCAAGGACCGUCCUUGUAUUGGUAUUCGAUCAGUUAAAAAUGUAGAAACUGGUGAGCGUGGCCCUUACGUUUGGCAAACAUACCGUCAAAUCAAUCACCGCUUGACUAAUUUUGGUUCUGGAUUGAUGAAUUAUUUGAACCAUACCAUGGGAGAAACACGUACUCGACAGAUUCCUAUCGGUAUUUGGUCCAUCAACCGUCCAGAAUGGACCAUUGCUGAUUUGGCACUGGCUGCUUAUGCCAACUAUGCCGUGGCUCUUUACGACACUUUGGGGCCUGAUACCGUCGAAUAUGUCAUCAAUCACGCAGAACUUGAAACAGUUAUCUGUUCUGGAGACCAUAUCGCCGACCUUUUAAAGCUUAAGCACAAACUUCCUAACCUUAAGACGAUUAUUUCCAUGGAUUCCAUUGAUGAAGUUUCACGACCCGGUGUUGCGUCUAAGAGUGAUAUUGUCAAAGCAUGGGCUGCAGAAAAGGGUGUCAACUUACUUGACUUUAAUGCGAUCGAACUCUUGGGAAAGAAGAAUAGACGUUCCUACAACCAUCCUACACCAGAUGAUUUGGCUUGUAUCAUGUAUACUAGUGGUACAACUGGCACACCCAAGGGUGCUAUGUUAACCCACCGUAACUUUGUGGCUGCACUUUCUGCCAGUCAGUCCAACCUUGGAGGCACUGCUGAUGACGUUUGCAUUUCUUACUUACCCUUAGCUCACAUCUAUGGCCGUAUCUCAGAUAUCAUGAUCCUAACUGUCGGUGGCCGUUUAGGUUUCUUCAGUGGCGAUAUGAACACCUUGGUUGACGAUAUUCAAAUCUUGAAGCCUACUGUCUUUGCAAGUGUUCCUCGUUUGUUAAAUAAGAUUUACGGUAAAUUAGUUGCUUCUACCAUCCAAGCUCCUGGUGUUACUGGCGCCUUGGCUCGCCGUGCAGUGGCUGCCAAGUUGGCCAAUCUCGAAGCUGGCAAAGGUUACACUCACCCCUUGUGGGAUAGAUUGAUCUUCAACAAGGUAAAGCAAGCCUUGGGCGGCAACGUACGUAUUAUGGUUACCGGUUCUGCUCCUAUUGGCAAAGAUGUCAUGCAGUUUCUUCGUAUUGCUUUCUGUUGUGAUAUUCGUGAAGGAUACGGUGCUACUGAAACCUGUGCUGCCUCUACUGUUCAUUACGAAGGUGAAUACCUUGCCGGUCAUAUCGGUGGUCCCUUUACCUGUAACGAGAUUAUGUUGUUGGAUGUACCCGAAAUGGAAUAUCUCUCUACAGAUCCUUAUCCUCGCGGCGAAAUCUGUGUGCGUGGUCCCAACAUCUUCAAGGGUUAUUUCAAGGAUGAAGAAAAGACAAGAGAAGCAAUUGAUGAAGAAGGCUGGUUCCACACAGGCGAUAUUGGUAUGAUUAACGAAAGAGGUGCUAUUGUCAUCAUUGACCGUAAGAAGAAUAUCUUCAAGCUGGCUCAAGGCGAAUACAUUGCUCCUGAGAAAAUUGAAAAUGUUUAUGCCAAAGACCCUAUCAUCGGUCAGAUCUACCUGCAUGGUGACUCACUCCAGAGUUCUCUUGUCGCUAUUGUUGUCCCUGAUCCCGAUGCUUUGAAUUCCCUUCUUGCUGCCAAAUUACCUCAAAUUCAUGUAAAGAAAUUAAGUCUUCCUGAACUCUGCAAGCUUCCUGAAGUGAAUGCUCUGGUGCUCGCACAAAUGGACCGGGUUGGUAAAUUAUCCGGUCUGCGUGGAUUUGAAUUUGCCAAAGCCAUUCACUUAGAACCCGAGCCUUUCACUAUUGAAAACGACUUAUUAACUCCUACUUUCAAGGUUAAGCGUCCACAGGCCAAGAAGCACUUUGAAGCACAGAUCGCUCAGCUUUAUGAACGUGUAAAUAACCAAGCCGAGCCCGAAAAGGCUAAGCUUUAGAUUCAUCAUAAAGACAUGCAAAAUAAACGAAACUUUACUAUUUAUUAUUUACAAUGCUCUUUUAU